CUGUCAGUUCUAUAUUAGUUCUUUUUUCAUCGCUAUGACAACAUACCUGAUAGACGUAUCAUAAAGGAGGGAAAGUUUAUUUUGGCUGACUUUGGAGCCUGUAGUCCAUCAUGGGAAGAUGACAGCGGGAACAGGAGGCUGUUUGGUCACCUCCCAUCCAGUCCCCAGAGAGAGAAAUGAGUGGGGGUGCUUAGCUCACUUUCUCUUCCUCCUUUAUUCAGCUUGGGACCUGAGCCCAUGAUGUGAUGCAGCCCAUAUUCAGGGUGGGUCUUCUCACUUCCUGAAUCCAGUCUAGAAUCAGGCAUACUCGGGUUUGUCUUCUGGUGACUCUGGAUCCUGUCAAGACGACAAUAUUAACCACCACAACUACUCCUAUGUUGAUGUAACUAGGUAAUUAAUCUCUAAGUUCACAUGAGAGAUCCUAAUAAUCAACUGCAUAUAAUUAAAAAUUUGAAGAUAGCAGUAAGCAACAUUGUCACCCAGCCACCUCAGCCGGGAGCCAUUGGGAAGCUUUUGAAUGAUGUCGUUUCUUGCAGCCAGCCUGCAGAAGGAUCAGUGGCUAAUGUGAUUACAGCGGGGGAUUAUGACCUUAACAUCAGUGAUCGGUCAAUUAAAGCUAGUGUUCCUUGGUACAGUAAUUGGAAAGACACUUUCAUGGAAUUGAAAGAAUCCUCGUUAUAUACAGCAACUACUCCGUGGUUUGAGUCUUACAGAGAGACAUUUCUGCAGUCCAUGCCAGCAUCAGAUCAUGAGUUUCUGAACCACUAUUUAGCUUGUAUGUUGGUGGCGUCGUCUGGUGAAGCUGAACCUAUGGAACAGUUUUCAAAGUUGUCACAAGAACAGCAUCGAAUUCAGCACAACAGUGAUUAUUCCUACCCUAAGUGGUUUAUCCCAAAUACACUUAAAUAUUACGUGCUUUUGCAUGAUGUAACUUCAGGAGAUGAGCAGAGAGCUGAAUCAAUUUAUGAAGAAAUGAAACAGAAAUACGGAACUCAGGGUUGUUAUUUGCUUAAAAUUAAUUCUCGAGCACCAAAUCGAGCAUCAGAUGAACAGAUACCAGAUCCUUGGAGUCAAUAUCUCCAGAAAAAUAGUGUUCAGCACCAGGAAUCAUAUGAAGAUGGCCCUUGUACUAUGAUGACCUCCAAUAAGAAUUCUGGUAGUAACUUGCUCUCAUUGGAUGGACUAGAUAACGAAGUCAAAGUAGAUGGUUUACCAAAUAACUUCAGAGUUCAUCCACUUCAAUUAGACCAGUGUGGUGACCCUCCUAAUACCGAUGGCUCGGAUCAUACAAAGUUUGCUUCAGUACACGAAACAAAGAAAGCAAAUACUGGAGUGAUUCGUGGUGCUUGUUUGACACUCACUGAUCAUGAUAGAAUUCGACAGUUUAUACAAGAGUUUACAUUCCGUGGCCUUUUACCACAUAUAGAGAAAACAAUUCGGCAGUUAAAUGAUCAGCUAAUAUCAAGGAAAGGUUUGAGUCGAUCUCUGUUUUCUGCCACUAAGAAAUGGUUUAGUGGCAGUAAAGUUCCAGAAAAGAGCAUCAACGAACUGAAAAAUACAUCUGGGUUGUUGUAUCCACCAGAAGCACCCGAGCUUCAAAUCAGGAAAAUGGCUGACUUGUGCUUUUUGGUGCAGCAUUACGAUUUGGCUUACAGUUGCUAUCAUACUGCAAAGAAGGAUUUCCUUAAUGAUCAAGCAAUGCUUUAUGCAGCUGGAGCCUUGGAGAUGGCAGCAGUGUCGGCCUUUCUCCAGCCAGGAGCUCCGAGGCCAUACCCUGCUCAUUACAUGGACACAGCCAUUCAGACCUACAGGGACAUCUGCAAGAAUAUGGUGUUGGCUGAAAGAUGUGUGUUGCUUAGUGCUGAAAUUUUAAAAAGUCAAAGCAAAUACUCGGAGGCUGCAGCCCUUCUAAUACGGUUGACAAGUGAGGAUUCUGAUCUCCGAAGUGCACUUCUCUUGGAGCAGGCUGCUCAUUGCUUCAUAAACAUGAAGAGCCCCAUGGUUAGAAAAUACGCUUUUCACAUGAUCCUGGCUGGCCAUCGGUUUAGUAAAGCAGGGCAGAAAAAGCAUGCUUUGCGCUGCUAUUGUCAAGCCAUGCAAGUUUACAAAGGAAAAGGCUGGUCUCUGGCAGAGGAUCACAUCAACUUUACCAUUGGGCGCCAGUCCUACACUCUGAGGCAGCUGGACAAUGCUGUGUCUGCUUUCAGGCAUAUUUUAAUCAAUGAAAGCAAACAGUCUGCUGCUCAGCAAGGGGCCUUUCUCAGAGAAUAUCUUUAUGUUUAUAAGAAUGUAAAUCAGCUGUCACCAGAUGGCCCUUUACCACAGCUUCCCUUACCAUACAUUAACAGUUCAGCAACACGGGUUUUCUUUGGCCAUGACAGACGACCAGCAGAUGGUGAAAAGCAAGCGGCUACUCAUAUAAGUCUUGAUCAAGAAUAUGACUCUGAGUCAUCUCAGCAGUGGCGAGAACUUGAGGAGCAUGUUGUGGCUGUGGCUAAUAAAGGAGUAAUUCCAUCCAGUUUUUACCCCACACAGUAUUGUUUGAACAGUUACUCCGACAACUCCAGAUUUCCACUUGCAGUUGUGGAAGAGCCAAUUACAGUGGAAGUGGCUUUUAGAAACCCUUUGAAAGUUCCACUUUUGCUGUCCGACUUGUCAUUGCUCUGGAGGUUUCAGCCUAAAGAUGCCAAUGGGAAAGACAUCGGAACAGUUAGAGAACGAGUUACAGGUGAACCUGAAAUGAUUGGAACUGAAGUUAUUUCAGAAUUCUUAAUUAACAGUGAAGAAUCUAAAGUGGCAAGACUGAAGCUCUUUCCCCAUCACAUAGGGGAGCUGCACAUUCUGGGAGUUGUGUAUAAUCUUGGCACUAUUCAGGGCUCCGUGACAGUAGAUGGCAUUGGUGCUCUUCCUGGAUGUCACACAGGAAAACAUUCUUUGAGUAUGUCAGUCCGAGGGAGACAGGACUUAGAAAUUCAGGGCCCUCGACUUAACAACACGAAGGAGGAAAAGACGUCUGUCAAGUACGGUCCUGACCGACGUUUAGACCCCAUAGUCACCGAAGAGAUGCCACUGCUGGAGGUGUUCUUUAUACAUUUUCCUACAGGGCUCCUCUGUGGAGAAAUCCGAAAAGCAUAUGUUGAAUUUGUCAAUGUCAGCAAAUGUCCUCUGACUGGAUUGAAGGUUGUGUCUAAACGUCCGGAGUUCUUCACUUUUGGGGUCAACACUGCUGCUCUGACACCACUGAGCCCUUCCACAUCUGAGAACUGCAGUGCUUACAAGACGGUAGUUACAGGCUCUACCUCUGCAGGCACAGCACUUGUGUCUUCGGCGUCCUCUGGAGACUUUGGGACCAGCACAGGACAGCAACUGGAGGCCAUUCCGGUCCCUCUUCCUGAUUCCGUGCUGCUCCCCGGAGCCUCUGUCCAGCUGCCAAUGUGGCUUCGUGGGCCAGACGAAGAGGGUGUCCAUGAGAUUAACUUUUUAUUUUACUAUGAAAGUGUUAAAAAGCAGCCUAAAAGACGACACAGAAUAUUAAGACACACUGCAGUUAUUUGUACUAGCCGGUCUUUGAACGUGCGAGCAACUGUCUGCAGAAGUAAUUCACUUGAAGAUGAAGAAGGCAGGGGAGGCAAUAUGCUAGUCUUUGUGGAUGUGGAAAAUACCAAUACUAGUGAAGCAGGGGUUAAGGAGUUCCACAUGGUGCAGGUGUCAAGCAGUAGCAAGCACUGGCAGCUGCACAAAUCCGUGAACAUCUCUGAAAACAAAGAUGCCAAACUUGCCAGUAGGGAGAAAGGAAAGUUUUGCUUCAAAGCAGUAAGAUGUAAACAAAAAGAAGCUGCUAUACAGUCCUCUGAAAAAUACACUUUUGCAGAUAUCAUCUUUGGAAAUGAACAGAUAAUAAGUUCAGCAAGUCCAUGUGCAGAUUUCUUUUACCGAAGUUUAUCUUCAGAGUUGAAGAAACCACAAGAUCCGCUUUCUGCACAUCCAGAGAAACCUGUAGAGGAUGCUGUGCAGCUGAUUCAGAAGUGCAGUGAGGUGGACCUGAACAUUGUCGUGUUGUGGAAGGCAUACGUUGUAGAAGAUAACAAGCAGCUUAUUUUAGAAGGCCAGCAUCAUGUUGUUGUUCGCGCUCUUGGAAAAGAAGCCUUUUCACAGUCUCAGAAACAGGAGCCACCAGAAAUGGAACUAUUGAAGUUUUUCAAGCCAGAAAACACUACAGUUUCCACAAGACCAUCAGUAGAACAGCUUUCUAAUCUCAUUAAAACAAGCCUUCACUACCCAGAAUCAUUUCAUCAUCCAUUUCAUCAAAAAAGCCUUUGCCUAGUACCAGUGACCCUUUUACUUUCUAACUGUUCUAAGGCCGAUGUAGAUGUCAUAGUUGAUCUCCGGCAUAAAACAACAAGUCCAGAGGCAUUGGAGACUCAUGGAUCAUUCACGUGGCUUGGACAGACACAGUAUAAACUGCAGCUGAAAAGCGAAGAGACACAGAGUUUGCAACUGAAAGCAUGCUUUGUUCAUACAGGUGUUUAUAACCUUGGAACUCCAAGGGUAUUCGCCAAGUUAUCGGACCAGGUUACAGUAUUUGAAACAAGUCAGCAGAACUCCAUGCCUGCUCUGAUUAUCAUCAAUAACGCCUGACCGCUGUGAGUCACAGAUGGAGCCCGACCCUGGAAUUAGUUUUUCAGCGGCAUUUGAAAUACCCUCUUGUUACGGAAGUUCUCUCAUCACUGCAAAGUACUGGGACUUGGCACUUAGUUGACGCACAGUACACUGGGCUGAGAAUAGAAUUCCAUUUUAUUUUCUUUUAAAACUGGUAAUAAUUUACAUGUUCAUAAUACAGAAUUUCAACAUAUCCAUACACUUCAUUAAGCCGUGUCUUAAAAAGAAAAACGUCGAAGUCUGCUGUUGCACCAUGCGGAGUGGGAUGUGACUCUUGGGGAUGAUUUUGAAGAGGGAAAGGACCUGCUGGCAAGACUGCCGCUAAGCCAUUAGUCUGCAGAUCCCAGCUUUACUGUGAAGGUCUAGAGUGUUAAUACAGUUUUUACAGGUUUUCUUGCCUUGCCUCAUACAGUUCUGUAAGAUCGGUUUUGAACUUUGGCUACGGGCAUUUGUAUUUCAGUCUGGUGUCCCGAUAGCUUAUAUAUAACUGUAAAAAGAAAAGCUUUUCUGAUGUUUUGAACAUA